AUGACCACCGCAACGGAGACACAGUCGGUCAACACGGCGCCUCCCGCGUACGAUGCCAACGAUGCCUCGGAAAAGGGAAAUGGAAAUGGCAAUGCGCCAGGCUACGACAGCAGCUUGCCCGAAUACAUGGACCAAGCUACCAUUGAGCGACUGGGCCGCCAACGCCCCGAAACACUAUCCAACUGGUUCACGGAGUCGUUCUUCGUCUUUACAAUCGUCAUGUCCAUGAUGAUGAGCGAGUACUUUAUCGGUGGUUUUAACAUUGUGCUGCCGCCUAUCGCGGAUGCCCUCAAGAUUCCUCCCUCGUCACGGACGUGGCCUGCCGGAGUGACGAACUUGACUACCGCUGCUCUGUUACAGCCCUUCGCUCGACUGUGCGACUUGUACGGAGGGAGAAUCGUCUUUCUUUCCGGCCACAUGUGGCUUCUUACGUGGUCUCUUGUCAGUGGCUUCAGCAGCAGUACCAACAUGCUGAUUGUUUGUCGUGCCAUGCAGGGUAUUGGCUCAGCGGCCUUUUUGCCCGCUGGUCUGGCUAUUCUUAGUCAGACGUAUCGACCUGGUCCUCGGAAGAACUUUGUCUUUGCCAUCUACGGAGCCUUUGCUUGUAUUGGGUUCUACUUUGGAAUCUUUGUGGGUGCCGUGACGGCGGAGUAUCUCGACUGGCGGUGGUACUUUUGGGUGGGCACAAUUGUUGGACUCAUCAUUGGGAUUUCGGGGUCGCUCAGCAUCCCGAGGAACUUGGGGGAUGUGAAUCCAGAUGCAAAGAUGGAUUGGCUUGGCGUGUUCACCAUUGUUCCGGGUGUGGUUCUCGUCGUCUUUGCGUUUACUGAUGGCGGCCAAGCCCCGAAUGGAUGGAAGACGCCGUACAUUUAUGUCACGUUGAUCGUGGGUGUUCUCUUCCUUGCUGCGGCGGUGUAUGUGCAGGGUUGGGUUUCGUCUCAACCUUUACUGCCUCCGGAUUUGUUCAGGGCCAAGUAUAUGAAGAGAUUGAUGACAGCGUUGUUCCUCUCGUAUGGUGUGUUUGGGCUGUACCUCUUCUACGCCAGUUUCUACAUCGAAACCGUCAUGCACACAAAGCCAAUCCUCACUGCCGCUUGGUUCACACCCCUGGCUGUCGGUGGCAUGAUAUUAGCCAUUGUCGGAGGCCUCGUGCUGCACAUCAUUUCGAACAAGAUCCUCAUGAUAAUCUCUUGCUUGGGCUUCAUCCUGUCCGUCCUUUUGUUCGCACUCAUUCCCGAUCCAGCGACCUCGGGCAAAACCACCAGCUUCAUCUACUGGGCAUACAUCUUCCCAGCCAUGAUUGCCGGCACCAUCGGCGUUGACAUCACGUUCAAUGUCACCAACGUCUUCAUCACAACGGCGAUGCCUCGUCGUCACCAAGCAGCGGCAGGCGGCAUGAUCAACAGCCUAUUGUAUCUCGGAAUCGCAUUCUGGCUCGGUGUCGGAGAAUUGGCCAUCUCGGCGACGGUUCAAAGCAAGGGUGGCCACGAUAAGGUCGACUCUCGUACGCAGUACCAGAUUGGUUUCUGGACGGGUCUCGGCUUGGCUGUCGCAUCGUUGUGUCUGGUACUUACUAUCAAGAUGGGGUCCGCGGAGGCGAGUAUGACGGCAGAUGAGAAGGCCGAGAUGGAAUCGAGAUUGCAGUCGCGGCAGCAAUCACAGCUGCAAUUACAAGAGCAGGAGCAGCAACCAGCGCAACAACAAUCAUGA